GCGGCAGGAUGGGGUCCCGCCUGUCCCUGGACGACUCGGUGCGGGUGGUGGUGGUCGGGGGGGGUUUCGGGGGCACGGCGGCCGCCAGCCUCCUCAAAUCCUGGGCCGUCCCUUUCCUGCUGGUGGACGUGAGAGACGCUUUCCAUCACAACGUGGCCGCCCUCCGCGCCGCCGUGGAGAGGGGGUUUGCCAAGAAGACUUUCAUCUCCUACUCUGUCACCUUUGGGGACAGCUUCCGGCAAGGCAAGGUCGUUGGCAUAGACCCUGGGAGGCAGCAAGUCUUGCUGAGUGAUGGUGAGGAGCUUUACUACUCCCACCUCAUUCUUGCGACAGGCAGCGAUGGGCCAUUCCCUGGGAAGUUCAACAAAGUCAUUGACAUGGAAAGUGCCAUCCAGACCUAUGAAGACAUGGUUGAAGAGAUUGAGAAGUGUGAGCGAAUCCUGGUCGUGGGAGGUGGUGCUGCUGGAGUGGAGAUGGCUGCAGAGAUCAAAACAGAGUACCCAGCCAAAGAGGUCACCCUCAUUCACUCAAAAAUUGCCCUAGCUGAUGUGGAGCUGCUAGAUAGCGUCCGUCAGGAGGUGAAGGAGAUUCUCCUCAGAAAAGGAGUGCGCCUCUUGUUAAGUGAGAGGGUCAGCAAUGAGGAAAACCUCAAGGUCUGUGACCCAGGGCUCUCUGUCCCAACAGGUGAGAGGGUCAGCAAUGAGGAAAACCUCAAGACAAACCGGUUCCAGAAGGACAUGGUAGUAAGGACAGAGAAGGGCACCGAGGUGGUUACUGACAUGGUGGUCCUGUGCACGGGGAUAAAGAUUAACUCUUCAGCCUACGCCUCUGUGUUUGGGGACAAAAUGGCAAGUAAUGGCGCUUUGAAAGUUAACAAGCAUCUCCAGGUGGAAGGCUACGAGAACAUCUACGCCAUCGGGGACUGCGCAGAUCUGAAGGAACCAAAGAUGGCCUACCACGCUGGGCUCCACGCCAACGUCGUGGUGACAAAUAUCAUCAACAGCCUGACGCAUAAGCCUCUUAAAACCUACCAACCAGGGUCACUGACGUUCCUGCUGUCAAUGGGCAGGAAUGAUGGCGUAGGCCAGGUGAACGGCUACUACGUGGGACGUCUCUUGGUGACCAUUGCUAAAAGUCGAGACCUGUUUGUCUCCAAGAGCUGGAAGACAAUGGGACAGACAAUGCCCUCUUAAGGGGGUAUCAGUAACAAACCUACAAGGAGUACAGCAACUGGAAGAGGGUGAGGGUGCACUUUAAUUGCUUGGACACACCGAUACUGUCUCCAACAGCACCUCCUAAAGCCACCUCCAUUAAAGCGGUGCCCUGCCUUGCUCUAAAGGAAGGAGGCACUUUCCAAAUGAAGUGCACAGAAGUUCUCAUGAUAAAAAAAACAGGGAAGGAAUGUUUCAUUUACUUCCUCGUUGAGAUAGCUCUGAGCAAGAAACUUGGUUUACCAUGAUUUGUAACAAUAAACAUUGUGGUUUUCAAAAUC